GGCAGAAACAUGAGAGCUUUAGCCUGCCCAGAUCUCCUUGCCUCUUACAAUGACUGGUGCAAAAGUAGUUGCAAUAAAUAUCUGAUGAAAGAUGGACAGAAAAUCAGGAUGCUGAGUCCAGUAAGCUCAUUGGAGGGAUGGGAGUUGUCUGGCAGGUGUUUCAAUAGAUACUUGAUUUAACGAAUGACACAGUGAAUGAUGAUAAGCUGAAUUAAGCAACUGGUUUCAGGCAAAACUGUAUAGAAAGUAUAUAACUAUGAAAUGAUUAAUAGCACUUGUCACCUUGUCUUGCGAAGGACAGUUUAGGGUAGUGGUUAAGAUUGCAAACUGAGUCCAGACUGUGCCUCUGCCUAGCUAGGUGGGUGGGCAGGGUCCUUAACAUCUCCGUGCCUCAGUUCCUUAUCUGCAAAAUGGGAAUAAUGAUAGUACCUAUUCACAGGGUGUUAUGAAGCAUAAAUGAGUCAGUUGUACAUAAAGGGCUUGAAACGGUGUCUGGCACAUAGUGAGUACUGUAUAAACAUUUGCUAUGAUUUGUUUUCCUUUCGAUAAUCUGCACCAUACCAUGAAGUCCUGGGGGCAGGGAUUAAAUCUUUUUCCUCUCUGCCCUCCCCUGGACCCAGCACAGGACCUGAGGCAGAGGAGGGGCUCAGUAAGUGUUUGCUAAAUGAACAAAUGAAUGAGUGAAUAAAUAUGUUUUAUAUGGUACAUUAUAUAACCUAUACAAGGGGAGUAGACAGGGCAGGGGCAGUAAGGAGGUCCCUUGGAAGUGGCAGUUUGAACUGGCCCUAAAGGAUUUCAGGGGAGGGAAAUAGAGUGUAAUAAACAGAGUGUGAUAUUGGGUUAGGUGGGAAAUAAGGGUAGUAGCAGGGUCUUGAAUGGCAGGGUGAAGGGUUAGAUUUGAUGUCUUUGGAAUUAGCAGCUGUGGGUGGGAGUGGAAAGCCUAGAGGAGGGAUCUUUUGAGUGGACGUGUGGCUGAGGGAAAGGGCUGUUUUUACAGAAUCAGUUGUUAAUUGGGGACUUCCAGGGGAAAAAAGUGGCUUUUUGAGUUGGGGACUUUAAAUGUAUGAAGUGUUAUCGGGAUGCUGUUAUGCUCUUUGAUUCAACAAAUACUGAAUGCCAGCUACCUGCAAAGCACUGCGGGUUCACAAAACAAUGAGACUAACUGCCUACCCUUUGUGAGCUCACAUUAACGAUUUUAAUGCCCAUGAGAAAUGUUAUGAUGGUCAAAGGAUGGGUAUCUUAUGGUAGGCAUUCAAGUAGAGGUCAUCAUCAGAGGUUCAGGGGGCCAGGGAAAGUGUCACAGAAGAAUGGGUUUUGAGGGUUGAGUAGGAGUUUACCAGCUCCUGGCCUGGCCCACAGCCAUGGCCACGAUGGUGGCCCAGAAGCUCAGCCAUCUGCUGCCCGCUCUGCGGCAGGCCCACCGGGAGCCGCAGCCCUCCGGGCGGCCAGAGCCCGUGUUCACGGUGGCCCGAGCCGAGGUGCCGCCCCUCUUCUGGAAGCCGUACAUCUACGUGGGCUACCGGCCGCUGCACCAGACGUGGCGCUUCUACUUCCGCACGCUCUUCCAGCAGCACAACGAGGCGGUGAACGUCUGGACCCACCUGCUGGCAGCGCUGGUGCUGCUGCUGCGGCUGGCCAUCUUUGUGGGGACCGUGGACUUCUGGGGAGACCCCCACGCCCUGCCCCUCUUCAUUAUUGUCCUUGCCUCCUUCACCUACCUCUCCCUCAGUGCCCUGGCUCACCUCCUGCAGGCCAAGUCCGAGUUCUGGCACUACAGCUUCUUCUUCCUGGACUACGUGGGCGUGGCCGUGUACCAGUUUGGCAGCGCCCUGGCACAUUUCUACUACGCCAUCGAGCCUGCCUGGCACGCGCGGGUGCAGGCCGUCUUCCUGCCCACGGCCGCCUUUCUCGCCUGGCUGUCUUGCACCGGCUCCUGCUACAACAAGUAUAGCCAGAAGCCUGGCCUGCUGGGCCGCACCUGCCAGGAGGUGCCGUCGGCGCUGGCCUACGCGCUGGACAUCAGCCCCGUGGCGCACCGCAUCCUAGUGUCCCCCGAGCCGACCACCGAUGACCUGGCCCUUCUCUACCACAAGUGCCAGGUGGUCUUCUUCCUGCUGGCCGCCGCUUUCUUCUCAGCCUUCAUGCCCGAGCGCUGGUUUCCUGGCAGCUGCCACCUCUUCGGGCAGGGCCACCAGCUCUUCCACGUGUUCUUGGUGCUGUGCACGCUGGCUCAGCUGGAGGCUGUGGCCCUGGACUACGAGGCCCGGCGGCCCAUCUACGAGCCUCUGCACACCCGCUGGCCCCACAACUUCUCCGGCCUCUUCCUGCUCACCGUGGGCAGCAGUGUGCUGACGGCAUUCAUCCUGAGCCGGCUGGUGCGGCGCAAACUCGACCAGAAGACCCAGUGAAGGCCUGGGGGCGGGGUGGGGUGGGGUGGCGGCUGGUAAGGGAGGGAGGUAGAGUGGGAGCCCCGGGGUCCGGGCUUGGCUCCAGAGGGGAACAAGGCCUGGUAAAGUUGUUUGUGUCUGGCCUGUGGUGACUUUCUGUGCACGCCUCAGCUGCCAAAGGCGGUACUGGCCAGUCCCUGGAUUUGGGGAUUGGCCAGGAGCUGCUGGGGUCCACUCCUGGGCCUGCCCCAGCCCCCUGCCCUGGGAGAGGAAAAGAGAUAAAGAUGCAGGCCGCCGACCAGGCUUGCCUCUCCCCAUUGCCUCUCACUAGGGGUGAGGAUCGGGGGUCAGCUGGGGCCAGGACCCUGGUUGGGAGCUUCCAGAUUAUCUGGGAGGGGAUGAAAGUAGACUUUAGGCCAGGGGCAGAAGAGGCCUCAGCAACCCCCUGCCCCCCGCCAGAUUUCACUGGUGGAUAGGGAAGGGCAGGCCCCAAAUGUAUGUACCAUCCCUUGAGUUCUAGCCUGGAGUUUUGGAGUUCCACAGUCUCCAAAAGUAGAAGAUUGUGCUAGGGAGAAAUGGAUCUCACCCAGUGCCCAUACCCCCUCAGUCACCGUCCCACACAGUGAGCCCCAGCCUUUCUAGCUCUGGCCUCUGUGACCCACACAUCCUGUUCCCAGCCUCUCUCCUGGUUUCCUUGCCCAUGAUUCAGUUAUCCAUUUCAGUGUUUCCUGGGCCUCUGCUCAGAGGCAGGCUACCAGCUGAGUCCUGAGGAUCAGUGCAGGAUGAGAGCUUUAAUAUGGGAAUGACCUGUCAGGGGAAGCACCAAGGAGGAAUAAUGCUGCCUGCGACCCUCACGGUCUUGGGUUGGGAAGGGUGAAUAGGAGUUUGCAGAUGAAGAAGGGCGUUCCAGGCAGAGGGAAAAGCCUGUACAAAGGCCAAAGAUGUACUGAAGGGAGUUCAGCGGCACUGGAAGUGGGGGUGGUCUGGACUCCGAUAUGUCCUGGAUGCAAUAAAGGACUGUUAAGAGCAGCCUCUUUGCUUCUUGCCUCCUGUCCCAGGAAUGGGGCCCGGGGCCCCCAUGGACCUGCUUAGCAUGUUGAGAUUUUCCAGGGCGUGCUAGGGCCCCCAGGGGUGGGAACAGGGAGGAGGAAGGCAGUGUGUGUUUUUUCUUUGCCUGGGGGUGGUUGGGGGCCUUAUACACUAUGUAUAUGAACUUUUUCUUUUUGGCGGGGAAGGGAGGGCAGUUUUAUUACCAAAUAAGUUUUAGAAGUUAAAGGAAUGUGUAAAAUUUUACAUAAGCACACUUUAUAAUUUGACAAAGAUUUCAUUUUUGGGUCUUUCCUUCAAUCAAGAAGGAUUUUAUAUGUUAAUUUUUAUAAUACUGCUUUUCCACAGUACAGUUUAUAAUACAGUUUUCCACAGUACAGUGAAGGAAAAUUAGGAAGUACUGAUAAGAAAAAAAAAACCCAAGUGAAUAAAAAACAUUACUCUGCUGGGCGCCUGGGUGGCUC